AGCAGCUGAACAGAGGCCACCGCAAAAAAAAAAGAAAAAUAAAAAUAAAAAGAAAAGUUCUCACGAAAUAAAAGCUUUUGCAGAAGGGUUUUCCCUACAACACAAAGACGACGCUAAACCAGACAUAAGUCAUAAUUUCGGCAAGUCCUUAAAAGAGCCCUAGCCACGUGGUGUUCGCUAAGCCUGAUACAAAGAGACCACAGCCAGGAUCUCGCCAGUAUCGAUUUGUUCCAAAAACUGCAUAUUUGCACACACACACACACGCGCGGGCUGACAGUGCGCUUGUGCUGCGAAAGGAAAAGGAAACGAGGGACGAGAGACGAGACCAGGAAGCGGAAGCGGAAACAGCUGCUGCCUAAACAAAGGGGAACAAAAAGGAAGCCAAGAAGCUAGACUAUUAUCAAUGGGCAUCAUGACGCCACAACAGCAACAGCAGCCAGGAUCUCAGCCUUGAGCAGAAGCCAUACAAAAUCAUACCAGCAGCAGCAGCAUCCCUUCUCUCACAUAGAAAAGGAGCAGCAAAUUCGAAGGAAGCCCACCUUUCAAAAAGGGUUUCAAGUGCCAAGUUGUAAAGCGGCAGAGCCGCAGAAUUGCUAAGAAAACUGGGCCAACCGGUGAAGGCCCGCGUUCGUCAGCUCUUUAGGAUUUUCAGGAGCCAAAUCAGAGGCAACCCAAUGCAUUUGGGUGCACAACAACAACGCCCCAAGCAACAACAACAACAGCGCGAGCAACAAGAGAAACAUCAGAGGCGUUUCACGUUCAGUAAAGGACGCCAAUGUCGUCCCUACAGCGUGACUGGCAUUUACAGGGUUCCCGGGGAUCGGUUUACUGCGCGAGUGAACCGGACCCAGCUGGUGGAGUCCAGUACGAGUCGGGAGGGUUCCUUCUCGACACAAAGCCAACAGCGCCCGGCGGAGGGGGUGGCGUGGCCGUUGGGGGUGGCAAUAGCGGCGGAGUGGGCGGUGGCCUCGAAUGCGGCUCCCUUUUCUCAGUGGUCUCCGCUCCGCCGGCACCCCUGCCCGACAUCGUUGAGCCGCUGGCCGAGCUCGAUGUCAAGCAAAUGGAAGCGCUAUGCCUGCCAUCUCCAUCUCGAUCCCGAUCCCGCUGCAGCUCGCCCUCACCCUCGCCCAUCCGCCGACCUGCCACCCUCACCCUGGAUGCGCCCUGCUGCCCAAGGACCCUGCACGCCAGCCUGCUGGAGCACCAGAUCUCGGAAAUUGAGGAGGACGACAAUGAAAACCUGCUGACCGUGUCCAGCAUCACGGCGCGUCCGUUGAUCGCGAAAUCGCACGAGCUGCGGAGCAGCCGGAAGUCAAGUUCCGGUUCCGGUUUAAAUACAGCCCGGAGCAGGUGCGUCCGCCGGGCCAAAGAGCGCGAAAAGGAGCGGGAUCGUGUUCCGCUCUCGAAUGUGAAGCGUAACAAGCAGCUGCCCAAGGAUCGCGACUCCUCGACGACCACAACGGAGAGUGGCGGAGGGAAUGUGGAGCCUCCGGACGGUGGCUACGGCUGGUUCAUUGUCUUUGGAGCCUUCUCCGUGCAGUUUUGGGUGGCGGGAUUGGUCAAAUCCUAUGGCGUGCUGUACGUGGAGAUAAUGGAAACGUUUCCCAGCUCUACGGCCACGGUGGCUUCUUGGAUACCUGCAAUUCUGUCGGCUUUGUGCUUGGUCCUGGCUCCACUGUCGAGUGCUUUGUGCCAGCGAUUCUCCUGCCGAGCGGUGGUCUUUGUAGGCGGAAUCUUCUGUGCCAUGGGCAUGAUACUCAGUUACUUUGCCACCAGUCUGUUGCACUUGCUUUUCACCUUUGGCAUACUCACAGGAAUUGGCGGCGGGCUUUCCACCACCCCAGGCAUCGUGAUAGUCUCCCAAUACUUCGAUAAGCAUCGGGCUCUGGCCAAUGGCAUCUGCGUUUCCGGCACUGCCGCCGGCAGCUUCAUACUCCCCGUGCUGAUAAAGCAUCUGGUGGAAGCCUGGGGCUUCCAUGGCACCAUCCUUAUCCUGGGCGGCUGCAUGCUGCAUGUUUGCGUCUCCGCCACUUUAUAUCGCCCUAUCAGUGCUUACAUGGAGCAGGAGCAGGGACAGGAGGAGGAGACAGCUAAGCCUCUCAAUGAGGACAUCAAUCCCAGCACCACGGGCAUACUGACCACCUCGACCUACCUGGAUACGUGUGAGCUGGGCAGGGGCAACGAGCUAAACGACAAGUUCAUUGAGCAUCUGUUCCUGGAGGAGUCCAAGAAUCACCUUAACUACUAUAACAGCAAGCAGCCAGCCCAGGACAAAUCGGCUCAGGAGAGCGAUGACGAGGUUAAGGACAUUAUUGGUGAGACCACCUUCAUCAAGCCUAUGAAAAAGGUACGCAGCUCUGGCCUGCUUCACUCUGUCGAGGAUCUCAGCACAGACUCCACUUGGGUGUACCGCAAACACUCUGGCACCGACUCUAAUCGAGGCAGUCGCCGGCGUCGCAAUGUGUUUGCCAAUGACGAGGUGAUAUCCAAGAUCCAGGCCCACCUGGAGAAGCCCCUUUCGCCGCCAAGUGUGGUUAGUCGUGGGCUGAGCAAGAGCAUGGAGAUACCCACGCCGGUUAGUAAUCUCAGCGAGCUCAAGCAGGAGCAGGCGGAGCACAGUGUUCUCAACGAUUCCCAGCUGGUGGUGGAGUCCAUUGAUGGCGACUGUCGUCGAGGAACUGCUGCCGAUGAGGACGAUGACGAUGAUGAUGACGAGGAGCAGGGACCACGCACCUGCUGCGAGCGGAUAGAAAUGUAUUUGGACAUCAGUUUGCUGCAGGAGCCAAGAUUUAUACUGAUGUGCCUAUCGGUCACCCUGAUGUCGGUUGGAUGUCCCUAUAUGCUCUACUACCUGCCCGCCCAUGUCAUUUCCAUAGGCUACAAUAAAAGCGAGGCGGGCUACCUGGUGGCCAUCAGCGCCGUCCUGGACUUGUGUGGUCGCCUGGGUCUAGGCUGGCUAUCCGAUUUGCAGCUUUUCGACCGGAAAAAGACCUACACACUGUGCAUUUUGGGUGCUGGCCUGGCCGUGCUCACCAUACCCUUUGCCAAGACCCUGAUCCUGGUGGGUUUGUCAGCAGCCGUCUAUGGCUUGUGCCUGGGUAGCUGGUAUGUCCUAAUGCCCGUGCUCCUGGCGGAUGUCUUUGGCACAGACCGGAUCAGCUCCAGCUAUGGCCUGGUGCGCAUGUUUCAGAGUAUUGGGGCCAUUUCGGUGCCACCGCUGGCGGGUCUGAUGAGGGAUCUUUCCGGCGACUAUGAGAUCUGUUUCUACUGCAUGGGUUCCUGCAUGGUCCUGGGCUGUACGCCGCUGAUUGUGUGGUCCAUCCUGGAGGCCCGCAAUCAUCGGCUGUUUGUGCAGCGCGAGGACGAGGAGGAGGACUGCGAAGUGGCCUAGAAUAUGGAUAUAGUUGGUUGCCCCCAUAAAAGUUAAUCGUGUUUUAGUAGCGAUCAAAUUACUAGUUGAGUUCCUGAGUUCCUGAGUUUGCAGAGUUCGAAUGCCUCACCGAUAUUGCUGAUUCUAUCAAAUACUAUCUAUCUACGAAUAUCUGUACUAUCUAUCUGUACGUUCUCAUUCACAGUCAUCACUUGCACCACACCCACUCCCUGUCUAACUAUCUUGUAGCUUG